AUGCUGUCCUUUGGUACAAGGAUGGAAUCCUUUGCAUGGUUGGAGUGCAAAAACUUCCACGCGGGUUCUCAAAACAAGAUGAUGCUUCGGAAGCUCAAGGAUCAAGCAAAACGCUACGUGGAAGCCUUGGGUCCUGGUGCUGUGGUGUUCGCUGCUGGAGCAACUGAGAAAGUGAAAAUGGCCUUAGCGAAGUUUGGCGUAGCUGCAUUGGACGGGUCAAGCAUCAGAAGGUCGAAAAGCCAAGGCCCACGCUUCAUCAGUGGGCCCAGCGCCGAAUUUUGGUGCUUGCCACGGCAGAGUCCAAAGCCAGGAAGAAAGAAGAACACAUUUUUUUGA